GUCUGACGAGGGCAUCGAUGGCACAAUUGAAGUUCUUGACCCUCCUGCUUUUAUUGUCAGACGGUCUACCGUAGGCGACUCAUGGCUUGGCGCGGCGUCUGUUCUCGGCUUACCUGCCUCGAACUUUUUCAGUUCAAUUUCGAAGCGCACAACUUCGUCCGCUGCAACUUCGGCCAGUGUCUCUCAGUCACGAACAACCCUCAGAACUUGACGUGCCAGUCUCCGCCCAACUUGCGGUUAAAUCGAUUGUCUCUCUUGUUCGCAAGUCUCAGAUCACAAAAACAAAUUCAAGAUGAAGCACCUCGCGGCCUAUCUCCUCCUCGGCCUUGCCGGCAACACCGACCCAUCGGACUCCGACAUCAAGAACGUCCUUUCCUCCGUUGGAAUUGACGCUGAUGAGGAGCGUCUGUCCAAGCUGCUCUCCGAGUUGAAGGGCAAGGAUAUCUCCGAGCUGAUCGCUGAAGGUUCGAAGAAACUCGCAUCUGUUCCCACUGGUGGUGCUGGCGGUGCCGCCGCCGCUCCUGCUGCUGGUGGUGCUGCCGCUGGUGGCGCCGCUGCCGCUGAGGAAGAGAAGCCGGCCGCCAAGGAGGAGGAGAAGGAAGAGUCCGACGAGGACAUGGGCUUCGGUCUGUUCGACUAAGCGAACGUGGUGGAGAAGACAAAGCAUUCGAUCCCUAUGGAUUCUGCUACUCGGACGCAAUGGGCAUCAUAAGAAGACAUGGCGAGGCAAUACUACCCAAAAGCUAUCCCCCAGGGGAUCUUUUCUGCAAAGUGUCUACAUGCGCAUGAUUGAGCCGCAGAUACGGGUCUCAAUAACAGGUCAGCUCCGAGAACCAGGGCAUACCAUCCCCACAAGCGGUAUCCGUCGCUCGCAUCGUGGGGGCCUGGCGCAUCUCUGUAAAUCCCAGACAAUGAAAUCCAUGAAGCUCAUGCUAUUAUUCUCCCUA